AUUGAUAUAAGUAUUUGAUAUUGUUGAUGGAAGUAGUAGUUGAAAUCUGAGACAGUUAAACUUUCACCUCUCCCAGUCACACAUCAGACCCCACCACCUCGCCGCCUGCAUUCAUCCUCGCUCUUUCUCUUUGCCUGCGAUCUACUUGAGUCUUCACCGAUACACAUCUCUUGACUGCAAGAACAAGGCAUGAUGCCCGCGGAUCGCAAUUCGGAUAGCAACGCGGCGGCCGAGGCGUUGAUGGCGUUGAUGACGGGCGAGGCGCCGGCGUCGGAGGUGAAGGAGGACGGAGGUGAGAAGAGUGAGGUUGUGAAGGAGGAGAAGAGUGAGCAAUUGUUGGCUACAGCUGAGAAGACACAAGGUGAUGCAGCAGCCAGCGAGAAGAAACAAGUCGAUGCAGCAUCGCAGUCGAAAACAGAGACGAAAGGAAUCAAAAGAAGGAUAAACGAGCACUCAUCAUCACCGUCGGCCUCAUCCACAAUCACCGCGCCCGGGAAACCAGCAAAGACACAAGACGAACCUCCCGCAGAGCCGAAAUCGCCGCCGCGGUCGCCGCCGCGGAAAUUGAAGCGGCCGUCUGCUGCAGCGAGGAGGCCGCCGCCUUCACAGCAGCGGGAGCAGCACCAGCAGCAGCGGGGGAAUACAGGUAGUAGGAACGAGCAGGAAAGACGAGGGGAGCAGACUGGUUUCUCGAGGUCGAGGACGUACGAAGCAGCAGCAGCGCAGGAGAUCCAGCGGCGGUCAGUUGACUCCGUCGUCCGGCAGCACUACAACGCGCGUCCGGACAUGGGCGUGUCCGCGCGCCAGAGCUCGCCAAUCAUCAAACUCAAGUCGUUCAACAACUUUAUCAAAUCCGUGAUCAUCAAGCGGUUUGCGCGGCGCGACGACGUCGUGCUGGAUAUGGGAUGCGGCAAGGGCGGCGAUCUGCUCAAGUGGGAUAUCGCGGGGAUCAGAGGGUAUGUCGGGAUCGAUAUCGCGGACGUGAGUGUUCGGCAGGCUGAGGAUCGGUUUCGGAAGAUGAGGAGGAAGAGGUUUUGGGCGGAGUUUAUGGCGGGGGAUGCCUUCAGCAUGCCGCUGACGGCACAUAUCCCACGCGACAUGUAUCAGGCCGUGUUCCCAGUGGACGUGGUAACAAUGCAAUUCUGCAUGCACUAUGCGUUCGAAACCGAAGCCAAAGCGCGACAGAUGCUCGAGAACGUGUCGCGUUCUCUGCGCCGAGGCGGCAAGUUCAUCGGCACGAUCCCGUCGUCGGACGCGAUCGUCGAGCAUAUCCAAAAACUUCCGCCGGGGGAGAAGGAGUGGGGGAAUUCGGUUUACCGGGUGAGGUUUUUUAAUGAUCCGCCUAGGGACGGGAUGUUUAGGCCGCCGUUCGGGCAUCGGUACUCGUUUUUUUUGGAGGACGCGGUGGAGGAUGUUCCGGAAUAUGUUGUUCCGUUUGAGGUGUUUAGAGCUAUGGCGGAAGACUAUAAACUUGAACUGGUGUAUAGAAAAGGAUUCCACGAAGUAUUCGAAGACGAGACGAGCGAGCACCCGGAGUUGUUCGAUAUAGCUAAACGCAUGGACGUCGUCAAAAGCGACGGAACGUUUGGAAUCGAAGGCGACCAGCGCGAAGCGGCAGGAUUUUACCUUGCGUUUGCGUUUGAGAAGUUGGCGGGUUGAUGAGUAGAUGCUCGGCUAGUUUGAUGCAUAAGAUAAAAAAAGUGAAGAUGGAGCGUGUAUUGUAAC